AUUCGGAUCGUGCGCUUAUGGAAUUAGCACUUCAGGUUGUAGGAAUGAAAAUGACUGGAAAACUAGAAGACGCAAGAAACAUUGCCAUGCGUAUUGUUGGAGGUACCGAUAACAAUCAAAGUUCGGUCAACAAUUCUAAUGGAGAUAUGAAUGGAAUGCAACAUCAUCUCUCCUCAUUCGCACGUCAGGCUUCAAGAACAGAUGAUUUUGAGGAACAUGUAAUAGCAACACUCUCCUUGAUGGAUACAUUUGAAACAGAAUAUGACAGUAUAUCCCUUCAAAAUCGUCAAAAUCACACCAUGUUGCAUAUAGCUGCUAUGCUGGGUUACAAACGUCUAUGUACGUAUCUCGUUGAAAAGGAUAUUGAUGUAGACAUGCAAGAUAAAUAUGGAUUUACUGCACUGCAUUAUUCCGCAUGGACUGGAAGAGAGGAUAUUGUGAGAUUACUUUUAACGGCUGGUUCCGAUGAUAUUAUACUUAAUUCCAACGAGAAAUAUGCAUAUGAUUUGGCUGCGUCUCGAAACUUUCAUGAUAUAGUUUCUCUGAUUGCCAAUCAUCGUGUUGAUUCGGGGGUGUCUUUAUCACCAACUUCAUCUGAAGAAUUUUCGUCUGAAAAUUCAGAUUAUGAUAGCUGGUAUAAUAGCGAGGACGAUGAACUUAAUUUGGAUAAUAAUGCAGGAACCCAAAAUCCAGUUGAGCCAGAUCAUGAUAUGAGUAACGUUAGCAUUGACAAAGUAUCAUGUCAACAUGCAAAUGAUAACGUGACACCUAAUAUAUCUUGGGUUGACGCGGAAACGGCAAGUGGCCUAUUGCAUAAGUUGAAAAAAGAAGAUGGGAUCGUAGAUGCGGAGGUGGUUGAUGAAGGAAAAAAAGUUACUAAACAGCCUUUGUGUGAAAUUGCCACAGACCUGGCUACAGCAUCAACUAUUUGGCUUCAAAGAACAUUUGCACAUAUGCAUAUGCCAAAUAUAGGCAAGCCGCCACAAAUUAAUAUUCAAUUGCCUAACAUUAAGAUGCCAAACCUUCAAAUGCCUAAUCUACAAAUGCCAAACCUUCAAAAUUUCUCAUCUCCAAAAUUUUCCACAAUGACUUUCGGAACUAAUUUAUCCAUUCCACGACCCUCCAUACCAUCCAUGCCUUCAUUAUCAAUGAAUAUUGAAUUUCCUACCUUACCGACUGUAACCUUUCCAACAAUGAUAAUGCCCACGGGAUUUUCAAAUCUUGUAAAGGAUGAAAAAGACAUGUCUUCUGGAGCUGAGAUGUGUGAUAUGAAAAUGGAAGGCAUACCACAAAACAACUGGGACCAUCACAAAAAGACAUUAUUUGGUCAAGGGGAACCACAGCAGCAACCUGAUAGGCCAUCUAAAGAUAUUCCACAUGAUGAAACAGUCUUUACCCGAUUUGGUUACCCAUGGCCUUUCAAUGGUUCACAACCAAUAGUCCCAAUGUAUCCACAUCAACCAAAUGAAACACAUUCUUCCAGAUCUGUGAGCGUUUCACAUGCUAGCCGUCGAGUUGGUUAUGAUAUUCAAAACUUGAAUGAACAUCAACUUUCACGUGUAGAACAACAUACAGAAAAGUUCCGAAGGUUGAAACAGGAUAAGAUGUUAUAUUUAUUUUGGGUUCCUAUCUUUUGGG